UCUUCUUCUCCAAGUCGCUCUUUUUUUUUUAACCAAAGUCCUUAAAAUCAUCACAUUUUUUAUUUGUAAGAAUCAAAUUCAGUUACAUUCUGCAAUUCCCCCUUUUCUGUUCUUUAAUUUAGGGUUUUAGCCAUUUGUAAUUGCAACUACAAUCCAAAAAAAAUGACGAACAUGCAGAAUGAAGUUCCUGCAAAGGGAGGAUUUAGCUUCGAUUUAUGCAAAAGGAAUGAGAUGUUGAUGAAUAAGGGUGGUCUUAAACCUCCUACUUAUCUCAAAACUGGUACUACUAUCGUUGGUCUUAUUUUUCAGGAUGGCGUUAUUCUUGGUGCUGAUACAAGAGCGACUGAAGGACCCAUUGUGGCUGACAAGAACUGUGAAAAAAUUCAUUACAUGGCGCCAAACAUUUACUGCUGUGGUGCAGGAACUGCAGCUGAUACAGAGGCAGUGACUGACAUGGUUAGUUCCCAAUUAAAGCUUCACAGGUAUCACACUGGACGUGAGUCCAGGGUUGUUACAGCUCUUACCCUUCUGAAGUCCCAUCUAUUUAGGUAUCAAGGACAUGUCUCUGCAGCGUUGGUGCUAGGUGGAGUUGAUGUGACCGGACCUCAUCUACACACUAUAUACCCUCACGGAUCAACCGACACACUUCCUUUUGCUACAAUGGGAUCAGGUUCCCUUGCUGCGAUGGCUAUCUUUGAGUCAAAAUAUCGUGAAGGACUAUCCAGGGAGGAAGGAAUCAAACUAGUGUGUGAAGCAAUCUCCUCUGGUAUUUUUAAUGACCUUGGUAGUGGAAGCAAUGUGGACGUAUGUGUCAUAACAAAGGGAAAUGUUGAUUAUCUAAGAAACCAUGUGCUGCCAAAUCCCCGUACCUACACAAGCGCCAAGGGAUAUUCAUAUUCUAAGCCUACAGAGGUUCUCUCGACAAAGGUCAUAUCUUUGAAAGAGCAGACUGAAGCUGUUGAAGGAGGUGAUGCAAUGGAAGAGUGAUGGUGGUUACGAUAGGAUGACAAGAGAAUUUUUAUCUUACUCGCUCUUUAUGGCUGUCUUUACCGUGGUCUGGAAUGUGAUAGGUUUGCUAUGAUGCUUUGUUUAACGAAUAUACUUUUAUGUAUGUAGAAUUGCGCUUUGUGCAUUUUAGGAUUCUUGCAUAGACUCUUGUCGUGAUUUUCUAUCAUCUGCUCAAAGGCCGUAGCAUUACUUCGUUAGAUGUUACACCUUUGGCUGACAAUGCAAAUUUACAAUUAGAUCAUCAGGGAAUCGAGUUUGAGAAAAUUAUUCGUUGAAGCUUUAUGUAUGAGGUAUUAAUCGAGAUGUACUCUAUAUAAUGCACCUCUAGUUUCUGAAGGAUUUGGGUGUAACUAACCAACCUUGAUUUCAAACGACAUAUAUGCUAGCUUCUCACGAGUUAAGAUUGUUUGGAA